GCCCGCGGCAGCGCCCGUCCCUAGAGCCCGGGCUUGGGGAGUAGCAGCAGCGGAAUGUCCGUGGCGGCCAGGGGGCUUCUGGCCCUUGCGGUGGCUUUUGGCUUCCUGUGUAACACCAAUGCAUUGAGUCUCUCCCAGAAGAAUUCCACUCUUGCGGCCACAAAUCUGAGUGGCGAGGAGAGUGAAUUCUACGAUUAUGAAGGGCGCCGCUGCAAGAUGUGCCCUGCAGGUUCUUAUGUCUCUCAUCAUUGUGAGACCACAGGAACUGAAUCCAGUUGCGAGCCCUGUUCCAGUGAUUCGUUCACCACACACUUGAAUCAAUUCCAUGCGUGUGUCCCCUGCAAAGUCUGCAGAUCUCUAGAUCAAGUGACGCUAAAGUCAUGCUCAAGAACCAGUAAUGCUGAAUGUGCCUGCAAGGAGGGCACCUACUGUUCCCCUGACCAGCCAUGUGAAACGUGCCAUAAGUGCAAGCCCAGGUGUCCUGAUGGAGAAGAGAUGGUGAAGCCUUGCACCCCAGAACGUGACAUACAGUGUGGGCCAAUCCCAACAAGCUCGACAGUUCCAACAAUCUCACCAGCUCCUUCAUCAGGAAAGAACAUGACUCCACUUUGGGUACUUUGUGGCAUCGCCCUUGUAUGCAUCAUUGUUUUACUGAUGUAUAAGUACAGAAGGAAUCUCCGGUGCUGUUUUAGAGACCACACAACAACAACAACAACAACAACUAGAGCAAACUCGAUCUGCACAAAGACUCUCCUGUGGCUGCAGACAAAAUGUGCUCAUGGACAACCGGGGAGUGAAGACAAUGAAUGGAAUACACAAGUAGACAUGGCACCCCAAAGUCACCCUGGCCCCAGUGCAACUAGGCAGCCUGAUGAAACAAUUCCUUUGCAAGAGAAGAAAUGCCUAAUUCCCAUAGAAGAGGAGAGGAGGAAGCUCGUUCCCGCAAAUGGGAAGGACCCAGAAGAUGCUCUACGUCUGUCUUUCUUACGUAUCGCACAAGACGUGCCCCUCAACAAGUGGCAUCCCUACAUGAUAGUCCUUGGUUUGACAGACACUGAGAUUGAAAUUGCUGAAGCGAAUGACAAAGGCAAUGUGGUUGAGCAGCACUUUCAGAUGCUUCGGAUGUGGAAGGAGAAAAAUGGGACAAAGGCAUCUUUAGACGCUUUGCUGAAAACACUCUGUGACCCAGCUGUGAAUCUCAAGGGGGUUGAGCGAAAAAUUAGGGAAGCCUUGAUCUCCAUGCAUCUGUAUGCCUAUGAAGAAUGA